AUGACCGAGGCGCUCAAGAAGCAGCUAGCCGACGCCAAGGCGGCGUUCUGUGCAGGCAACUAUGCCGAGGCGGAGAAGGUGCUGCGAGGAAUGCCGCAGGAGGACAUGAAGGUGCAGCACAACUUAGUGAUUGCCCGCUACCUGCAGCACCAGCUGACGAGUGAGCAGGCUUUGGCUGCUCUGCGCGCCAGCGCCGAGGGCACCGGCGAGGACCCUAACAUCAAGGCACCUGGCCUGAUGCUACAGUACGAGGGCCACGAGACGGCGGUCUACAACCAGGCCGUCCUCUACGCCCGCAGCGGUCAAGCGCAUGAGGCAAUGCUGCUGCUGCGCCGCAUUCUAGAGAACGCGCAGGACAUAGCCUUGUCGACCUUGGUGUACAGCCUCUGCCUGUUCCACACCCUCACGAAGCCAGUGCGCAAGACCACAAGCCGCAUGUCCAGCCGGCACGACGAGGAGCUAGUGCAGAGCGUGCUCACGUCCAGCAUGGAAAAGCUGCGUGUGGUGCCGGAGUUGAUGAAGUUGGUGGAGACAGCCUUUGCCGACUCCAGCGGACUCCAUGAUGUCUUCGCGGACGCGGAAAACGAUCAGGCGAAGCAGGCGGUCUAUCUCAACAACCUAGGCGUCUUAUCCCUCUUGGAGGACAAGCUUAAUGUGGCGAGUCUGUGCUUCGCCAAGGCGGAGAAGACGGCUGCGUCGAAGCCAGCGGGGCAGCAUAUCCUUCGUCCGAUUCAGUACAACGUCGGGCUGUGCGCACUGCUGCGGGAGGACUACGAAGGCGCGCUACAUGAGUUCUUUGCGGUGCAGGACUCGAUGAAAGCAUCUUCGGUCUUCUGGGUGCGCUGCGCGGAGGCGGCAGUGUCGUGUGUGCAGCAGGAAGCCCGCAAGCAGCGCCGCGCUGACUACGAGCGACAGCAGAACACAUUCGGCGCGAUGCUGCAGAGCGGCAAGGUGUACUCGAACUUCGAGUUUAUGCUGCUGCCAUGUGCGACGAGCGUGCCUGGGCCCGCGGCUCUCGAGUCAUCGAGAGAGCCGACGGAGAAGGCAGCCCUUGAGCAGAUUGCGUCGGCGGCCGUGCAGAAUGCUCUGUUCCUGCUAGUACCCAAGGGCCACACCUUCAGUAGCGUGGUGGAGGCGUUUCCCCACGAAGAGGCCCUUCUGCAGUACGCCAUGCUGUAUUGGGUGGCCCUCGAGCUGAGCCGCCGCAACUACAUGGCGGCGGCAGAAGCCGGCCAGGAGCUGCUGAAUGCCCAUGAACGCCAUCCACUGCCGUCAAACUUACAUGCCACACUGCUCAUCUACGUAGUGGAGGCCCUCGUGCACCUCAACGACCAGGAUCGGGCAAUGAAGAUUCUUCGUCGGGCAUCGUUGUCGUCCCUGGUCACGGGGUCCAGCAGCGACCCGCUCGACGCGGCGCAGCGUAGCCGGGUAGAGGCACUCUUCGUGAACUUGACCAUCUCGCACAUCCUGACAGGUUCGUGGAACCAAGCGCACUCGAUCAUGGAAUCGCUGCUGCGCAAGAUCUACGAAGCGGCUCCGGCCGGCACCGCAGAGUACACGCCAGAGCGCGACACGAUGUUCGCGUACUGCAUCUUGGAAGUCUUCCUUGAACUGGCGCAGGGCAACCAAGAGAAGGCCGCUGAGUGGAUGCUCAAGAUUACAUGGAGCAUCUAA